AUGGGAGUGAGAGAAGUUGAAAAGAUAAUAUCAGACAAGACUCCACCUAUAACACUCAAAACCCAAACCUCAGCUUUAGACAUCAAGAAAGAACUCGAAGCUAUAAAGAAGGACCUUAAGGAAGAAGACUUCUUCGUAGAGUUCUGCUUGUGGAAAGUCUGCGAAGAAGAAAUAGAAAACUCACAAGCAAAAGGAAAAGAGAGGAGGAUGAAACAAGAAGAGGAGAACAGUAAGGAAGGAGAGAUUCCUAAGCCAAAGAACGAGCAAUUGCUUAAAGAGAAAGAUCUUAAAAUUAAAAAAUUGGAAGGUAUUAUAAAGACUAAAGAAGAUCAAAUAGCAACUGGAAGAAAGAGAAUGAAGUUAUUAGAUGACAAGUUUAAAACUAAAGCAGAAGAGCUAAACAAUAUGAAAUAAGAAUAAAUCUACCAAAAACAGUGAAGGCAAAAGCAAAAAGGCCCAGUCAGUUGUUAGCAAAUUAUGAAAAGAAAUUGAAGAGAGAAAGAAAGGCUGUAAAAGACUCAAAACUUUACUUGCCAAGUCUAAGAAAGAAUUUGAAGAAUCUGUUAAAGAAAAGCAUGAAGAAUUUAAGAAAACAGAGGAUAUGACCUCGUUAAAAGAAUCUAUGAUUGAGAAGAUCAAUUCUGGAAAGAUAUCUUUUGAUACAUCAUCAUUGAAAUUAAAAGAUAGGAGCAGUUCUAAUCCUAUCUCUACAAUAAAAGAAGAGAUAGUGAAUAUGCUUAGCUUUUCUAUCCCAAAGGAAUUUAACGUUCUUUAUAAAUGCAUAACCUCAGAGGAUUUCAAUAUAACUCCAAAGUCAUCUCUUACUCUUGAUCUUCAAAAAGAAUCUCAUAUGUCCUUUAUCUCCUCUAUAAACAGCCAGAUUCCUGACCUCUCCAGACUCGACCUUAGAUGAGUCCCUGAUGACUCAGAAGAAGUGAUAUCUUUCCUCCAAAAUUACUAUCCCAAAAAGCUAAAAAGACUUGACUUCAACAACAAUACUGAAACAAGAGAUCUGAGUCCAUACUUGCCAUCUCUGUUAAGAAUUGCUCCUCAGAUUACACAGACCCUCUUCCUCUAUAUGCUGGAGAUAAGUUCUUCCCAGUUGAAGGAACUGUUCUUGGCCUUUAGGGAUAAGCUUAAUUUUGGAUUCACUUGAUGUAGAUUAGACCUCCCGAAGGAGGUAUCGCUGAGCAAUGAGCUUGAAGGUACCAAUAUUCAGUACCUAGACCUGAGCUAUUGUGGCCAUGCCUCUUAUGGAGACUGGGCCUCCAACCCAAAUCAGUUGGAGAAUUUGAUCAAGUCACUUGGAUCUUCAGCUGAUUUAAAAUCAGCCUAGAGAAGAUCAGAGUGACACAGUGAGGUGUCACUAAGCAAGAGAUAAGGAUCCUUCUGGAUAGCGAAGGAUUUGGAAACGUACAACUUUGCUAAACAACCUUCCAAAUUAGACAAAUAACUUAAUU